CGUGCCCCCCGCACCGUGACUCGCGGCCCCUCUGAGCCCCGCGGGAGCCGGGAAGGCCCGCGCCGCCUGCACUCGCCUCCAGCUGUCGGAAGUCUUGUCCUGCCCGCUAGAAGGAACCGCUCUUCCGUAGCGCCUCGUUCGGUUUGUACAGCCGCCUAGAGAUGAACGCCAAGACCGCCAUAGACCGAAUUAUUGGCAAGGGGGGGGUGAAGCUGGGCAGCUCCAGAGCUGACGGAGGGCUCGAGAAGGGGAAGCGGGAGGGCGCUGCCCCGCGGAGGUCCAUGGAGGAGGUGGCCACGGGCAAAGGCAGAACGACGGAGCCGGAGAGGAGCGAGCUGCUGCAGAAAAUACUUUUGCUUGAGAAAGAAAAAGAAAAAUACAACCAUCUUCUUGGAGAAAAGGACAGAGAAAUCCAAAACCUGAAAGACAAGCUUAUGUCCAAAACCAAGACUAGUGAAGUGUCCUUCCUACAAAAUCAACUAGAGGAAAAAACAAAGGAAGCAGAAAGAAGAGAACAGUUACUUUGUUCUCUAUCAGAAGAAAUUAAUAGGUUAAAAUGUAAUUUAUCUGCAGUCAUGGCAAAAUGCUCCAAUCUUGAGAACGAAGCCAGUGGUACUUUUCAGGAAGCGACAAACAGCACAGAAAUUGAAAGACAAUUGAAAGAUGCUCUUGAGAAAAAUCAGCAGUGGCUCCUGUAUGACCAGCAACGGGAAGCAUAUGUCAGGGGACUGCUUGGAAGGAUCUUUGAACUUGAACAGAAGGCAGAAAUAGUUAGCCAGCAGGAAUCUAAAUCAAAUUCAGAAGGUCACCCACAAGAGGAAAAGCAAGAAUGCUGUGACCAGCUGUUUCUGACUGCUAAGAGAGAUCCUGAGACCGAAAGACGCACCAUAACCCAGCUGAGAUCUGAGCUCAAUGAACUUAAAAAGACAUAUCAAGAAACACAAGGGGAAAUGAUGAGUUUAAAUGCCUUACUGCAGUCACAACGGCUUGCUGAAAUGAAGACUCAAGAAAAUGAAAAUACAAUGAAAGAGAAAGCACAAAGACUAGAACAGGAAAAUGAAACUAUCAAAGAACAGCUCAGGGAAGAAAAAGAAAAGUCUGAAGAUCUUUUAUGUCAGGUGCAGCUUCUUCGUAAAUCAUUGCUCAGACAGGAGGCAGAACACACAAGAAUAGCUUUGUUGGAACAACAGAUCCAGAUAUGUACCACAGACUUAGAGAACGGGAAGCUUGAUCGCCACAACCUGAAGCUUGAGUUAAACCAUGUUCUCAAGGAGCUGCGCAAGGCCAAGGAGAAAAUAACCCGUCUGGAACCCCUGAAACUCCGGGAAUCUGGACAUAUCGAAUCACAAGAAGACUUGCAAGCUGUAUUUGACAAGAAGCUGACCACAUAUGACAGAAGUCCUCCCCUGAAACAUUCCAGCUGCCUUGAUGAAAGUUUUCUUGAGUGUCCCAGAUGUAAAGUGCUAUAUCCAACAAGCCAGCAUAGAGAAUUACUGGCACACAUUGACUUCUGUACAGCUUGAGCUCCAAAUGGACUAACUAUCUUUGCUUCAUAUAUGCUGCCAAUAUGCCUGGCAAAAGAUCUUUUAAAGCUUUUUUCUUGCAGUUGUAUAAACAACUGCUGAUUUUAUAAUUCAGUUCCACAAAAACAGUAUUAACAUUAUAAUUUGGCCUCAGUAUUUUACCUCAUGUUUUUGCAAAACAGCUACUGCAUUUUCUAGUUGCAAACAGAAAUAUUUUUAGAGUUAAGAGUAUUUUAAAGAGUAAACUACUGACGGGUUUUUUUUUUGCACUAUUAAAUGUAGGAAAUAGUAAAAGCACAAUUACUGUAUCAGACUAUGUUUUAGUUUUGGCAUACCCAGUUCUUGGUUGUUGAAUCCUGAUUAUUGUGCUUGUACCUUAACUGACAAGAAUAGCUGCAAAAGAUUUUUGGCCCUCAUAGGUGCACUAUAUAUAUAUAUAUAUAUUUAUUUAUACAUGGUGUGUGUAUAUAUGUGUAGUGUGUUUAGUAUACACAUACAUGUGUUAUAUAUCAUAUAUAUGUGGAAUAUAUCAACAUCUUGAUACAUAAAAACUCAGGAGGGCCAUGUUAGAUCUUUGCUGCUUAAGAUUGAUGUUCAAACCAUCAGUCUUAAGUAGCUGAUUAUCCUGAACCACCAUCAGGGGUGACUAAAAUGCUGACCAAGGUUUAACCUUAGAAAAACAAACUUCCUAGCAAACAAAAGCUUCCUUGGUGCAAAGAAAGUUUAUAUUUCAGACAAUGUCAGAGGCCAGUUUUGAAUUUUGCAUAUAGAAUUAUGCUAAAUUAAACUUGUUUUGCUUCUGUGUGAAAGAGGUUAAAGUUAGGAAAUGUCAGUUAUUCAACCUUAGAUUUGAAAAAUGUCCCAAAGUGCAGCUUUUAAUAAAUUGCUGCAGUGUAUUUGGAGUGUCACUAGUUAUUUUGGUAUUAAUACAAAACACAAGUUAACGACAAAUUCUGGCAACAAAUUAGAAACUGGCAAAAAGAGUCCCUAAUGGAUUUGCAAUUGCAGUGUUAUUUUUCUCUAGCGCUUACUGUAAACUUGAAUGUGUUGUGAGUAUUUUGUUCCUUGCAUAUGUAGUGAAGUCCCAACAAGAAGUUACUUCUGUGGAAAUUAUAAAAAUGGAGAAAUUUUACAAAGAUGCACUAGUUAAGAAUAAAUCUGAGCAUUUUACAAGUUUGUGGUUUGCUGAGGACACACAGGUACCCAAGGUGUUUCUUUCUCUGGCCUUCUGAUUCUGAUUGCUACCUGGUAUCAGCUUUCUCCAUUGUGCUUUGCAGCAAAACUACACUUUUACCCAUAAUGUUCACCUUAAA